GUAUGUUUAAAGGUCGUGAUUGCUUUAAUAAUGGUUUCAUCCGGUGAUGUACUGGUUGAGGCAUCUGCCCCCAAAAAGGCGACUGAAUCACCUUGGGUUGAGAAGUACAGACCAGUCGAGCUCAAGGACAUAGUGGGUAAUGAAAACACUAUCAAUCGUCUAUCUGUAUUUGCUCGAGAUGGCAAUCUGCCGAAUAUUAUUAUAGCUGGACCUCCAGGUUGUGGCAAAACUACAAGUAUUCUUUGCUUGGCUAGGACGUUGCUGAAGGAUGCUUACAGAGAGGCGGUCCUGGAACUGAAUGCGUCGAAUGACAGGGGUAUCGAAGUGGUCAGAACUAAAAUCAAAAUGUUUGCACAGAAAAAGGUGACGCUCCCUGAAGGAAGACAGAAGAUCAUUAUUCUUGAUGAAGCCGACAGUAUGACUGAAGGCGCCCAACAGGCACUUCGACGAAUCAUGGAGUUGUAUUCACGAACAACUCGUUUCGCACUGGCUUGUAACGAUUCAUCCAAGCUGAUUGAACCAAUACAAUCAAGGUGCGCUGUUCUACGUUAUGCUCGUUUAACGUCAGCUCAAAUUAUGGCUCGUUUGUUGGAGGUUUCGCGAUCCGAAGGUGUGUCUUAUACAGAAGAAGGCUUGGAGGCGGUUGUUUUUACAGCUGACGGCGAUAUGAGACAGGCUUUGAACAAUUUACAGUCAACAUAUCAAGGUUUUGGGAUGGUUAGCAGUGAUAAUGUUUUCAAAGUCUGUGAUGAACCACAUCCAAUGCUAAUAAAACAAUUAUUAGAUCAUUGUUCCAAGGGUGAGUUAUCUGCUGCUCAUAAGAUCCUACGCCACUUAUGGACUUUGGGCUAUUCAGCAGAAGAUAUUAUCACUAUCACUUUCCGAGUCUUAAAAAAUCAUCCAAUGGAAGAAUAUUUGAAAUUAGGAUUUAUAAAAGUGGGUUUUUUUUAAUAAAAAGUUGACCGUAAGGUAUCUCUGAUUUUUAUCGAUUUAUUUUCUGAAACUACUUUUUGUUGUUAAUAUUCAUAUAUUUUACCGAACCAAUGGCAAUGGCUACCAUUUUUGGGAUUGAGGUACUUUGGUUUACUCUUACAGGUCAUUUGCAUAUAUCAUAGUUGUGAAUUAAACUGUAUCACAAAUACAGAUGACUUGGAGAUCUGACGGAAAACAGAACUUACCGAAUAGCUGUUCAUCCGUUGUUUCUAGUUUCCUAUCAAUUCUAUCGGUUGACUUUGAGACAGUUUUAUGUUUCAAAAUCGACUGAGUCGGACGUGACAUUGUAUGAUCACUAAGUUUACAGAAGAAGAUAUUCUUUCUCAAAGUUUGGUGGUUAUACUUCGUAAAAAUAUCCGGAGCUAUUCCAACCUUUAAACUUUGAAAGUCAUAAUAUCAGUCUAAAAGUAGCCUUAGUAACUGAUAGUAAAAAAAACCAAUUUCGCUUUCAGUUAUCAGGAUAUAGUAAGCAUAUGUUUCAACUAAAAUGCAAAAUUUAAGGUCAAGGAUGAGUAUCAAGGCAAGAAUUUGGAUUAAUUUCGAUGUAUACCAAUGAUUAGUAAAUCAUGACAGUGUAAUGUUAAUAAAUUGGCAUCUUUAUUGUUGAACAAAUGCAUAUUUCUGAACCGUAAUUUCAUUCCAGUCCACCUAGUUAGGCUUUGAUGAAUUGAGAUAUACAAUCGUAAUCAGGAACGGGAAAUCUAAAUUUUACUUCAAUUCUCAUAUUUCAAAGGUGAUCAACUAGUAUUUUAUUGUUGAUCUGGGCGACUAGCAGAGGAAUAUAAGGCGCUUGUUUCGUCCCAUUUAGGACUCGUCUGCUGGAUGUACUUGCACCCCAGUGAUAUUGUCCCCACUGCGACUCGAACCCAGUACCCCUCGUUUCAAAUGGUAUUGCAUUGGUUUAUGCGAAGAUUUGAGUUACUGACAUACUGAUUUCAGAUGCAUCUUACUAAUUAUGCUACUAAAAAUCAUCAUACUUACACACUGUUUUAUCUGAUCGUAUAUAAAUCACUGAGCGUAUAACUAUCUCACACUGAAGUUGCACAAUUUUUAUAUUGUAUGGUCAACCACUUUCUGGUUUACAGCGCGACUGAAACUUCUUUAUUAUAGUAAUUACAAAUUUAGAAAAUUAGGAGAUUGAUUUUAUUUUGUUUUCUAUCGUUAAUCAAUAUCAUUCCUUGUUAGCAAUUUGAAAUGUACUCAUCUUCAGUAAUUGAGCCGCUGAACAUCAUUUUAAGACUUUAUUUGAAUUAAAUAUGACACCUAGAUGGAAAAAUCCACAUAGAAUCUUACACAACAUUGUGUAAUUCCAAGUUCUCACACCCCACAGCAACGUACAGAUAAAAGUUAAUCAAAAUGAGGCCAAAGCAGGCAAACGUUUAUUAACCAGACGGUGAGGUACAAAUAAAUAAAGCUUAAUGAAUGUGUUCGCAGGAGUGUGUACAUCUGUACCAUUAUAGUUGAUAUUAAGCCACUGACUCUUAUCGAAUCAAAUGACUCAAACCAACAGUAUUAGACUCUAUCCAUUAGUGCCACGUAUUCGUCUGGUCAGCUCUGGCUUUCUUCCAGGAUAAUCCUUCAGUUAAAGUUGUACGUCAAUAUACCUGGUGACUCAGUAUGGGAAAUGUGUCCUAACCACCUCUGUCUGUGAUGGUGAACAUUGAUUGUCUUGUGUAGUACUCUACACCUAACCUCGACAUUGCUCACAAUGUCGAUUCUACCACGUGGGAGCAAUAGUACGAGUACAUAUAUAUGGUCAGAAAACUAGUAUAAUAUCUCGUGGCGUUCAAUGACGAUGUCUCAUUCUUGUAAUAGGAUAGAGUAGACUGUUGUGCAGCAUAAUCCUUUUUAGAUACACAUUCGGAUAUCCUGUCGGCAUUAUGGAUGACGCAAGUUGUAGAAUGCCACACGAGCGUUUAGUAUCUUAACUGAUAUUUUGUCAGCAUCUAGUCUAUUAUGAUUGAUGCAACUUUCCAGGUAUGGGUAGUAGUCAACAUAUCUGACUACUUCAUUUCCUGUUUUAAACUAGAGGUUGGUGGAAUGUAGUCUCCCAUCAUCGUUCUGCAUACACAUCAGAUGCGAAACGCGUACUGAAAAAUACGAAGAUUUUUGCUCAACGCGUUCAGAAAACCCUGUAUUUUGUCAGCAUCUUUUUCCACCACUAGUAGUUAAGAACAACAAGCAAAUACCGUUUUCCAUUUGAAAUCAUAAUUAAAAUUGAUAGCCUGUAUGGCAGUUUGUUGGCUUUUAUAUAGUUAUUUAGGCUUUGCAUUGCCAAACAAUGAGCCAUUCAAUUUGAAAGGAAACGAGAAGACAAAUACAAAGGAAGGAAUGUUUAUUAGUUAAUAAGUGGUACAGUAGUCGUUAAAUAUGGUACACCUUGUACUAAGACAGUCAUUUGCAAAAUGUGCUUCAUUUCCUCUUGAUUUGCUCUUCAUACGCCCACAUUGUCUCUUGCGUUUCUCUGGGCAGAAUCCUUACCCAUUGCUGGUAAUUCCCUAUGAUUUCUGCCGCCCUCUCAACAUAUACUUAUAUCCAUUCUUAUCGGAAACACCCACUGCUUAUACUGUUCCAUAGAAUUUCAUAAGUUGAGAAUGAAAAUGAAAACAUAAUUUAAAUAAAAGUUAUAUCCCUGAGUAUGCACAUUUUUGUUGUUACAUAUUCUGAAAGCUACGACACAUCCAAUGAAAACGACGCAGUUUAUUUCUUCUUAAAAUACACAGCAACCUAAUGUAAUGAUUGAUUAUUUUUUCCUAGGAAGUUGGCCUCACUCAUCUGCGCAUAUCUGAAGGACUGGGUACAUAUCUUCAACUAGCAGGCCUCCUUGCUCGCCUUUGUAAGAUUGUACUGCCCAAAUGAAUUUUACGUCCCAUUAUUAUACUGUUUUCGAAUGAGUUUUUGUACAACCAACAAAUGUAAUGUCUCAAUUUUCAGCUGUUUUUUUGACACCAGAUUCCUUUUAUGUAUGAAAAUAUAAAGUUUUUUCAUUAAAAAAAAAUACAAAUCUGGUUUUGUAUUUAUUGUCUUCUGUAAUCCAUUAUCAACCCGUAAGGUUUGGUAUGCCGAUACCCAAAGUCGUAUCUUAGUUUAAGUUGAAUUCCAACAUAUGUCUCGCAAUUUGUUAACUUUUG